UGUCAGGAGCCGCAGUAGAAAACAUCUAAUGGCCUUCCAUCCAAAGCCUGUUCCGUUGGUUCGGUUCAGAACACGGUGCCUGACCUUGUCCAGCACUGCAACACGAGAAUGGCCUGGCUGGGGAGACUCAAGGCAUCGUUCGGUACUUUUCCCCUUCUCUAUGCCGACCUUUGAACCUUUAUCGUCCACCAGACCUCCCUUCAUGCCACAUCGUAGUUGGGUUGUUUCUGCAAGUGCAAGCACUCCAAAGCCUCUCAUUCCCACUUCUAACGUCAACGAAAGGUACGGAAGCUAUGAAGCUAAGGGUUGUUUUGUCAUUAGGAGAUGGUGGGAACCGCCGGGGUUAACAUGUUUUAAUGUCACAUGGAGAUGGCUUUCUCAUAUCAUCUCCUUUUACUUGCUAUUUCUCAAUCUUGUUGCCAAUGCUCAGGACAAUCCAGCUUCCUAUAAUUUUGCUUGCGAGGAUAUUACCACUUACUAUUCCCACGUGAAGCAUUUAAGAGGGGAAGCACUCAAGAAAAAGUUGAAUAGCAUUGUUGCCCCACAUCAUUCCUUAUCCUAUAAAGAGGUGUGGGAUGCCCUCAAGUUUCUUGAUGCUGCUAUGGUUGAUGAACCUGAUGCUUCAUCAGGAGUAGUUGAAAUAUACUCCUUGAGAGUUGUCCCAAAACGCUUGUCUGGAAAGCCUCAGGGAUGGAACAGAGAGCAUCUAUGGCCUCGUUCUUAUGGACUAACAAAUGGUCCUUCUUUAACUGAUCUCCAUAACAUUCGGCCUGCUGAUGCAAACGUCAAUGCAUCAAGAGGAAACAAGUAUUAUGGAGAAUGCGAUGCUAAGUCCACCAAGUGUUUGAAGCCAGCAAACAAAGAAGCUGCUCUGGACACUGAAACAGACAAAGAAAGAUGGACUCCACCUAGGCAGGUUAGAGGGGAUAUUGCAAGGGCAUUGAUGUACAUGGAAGUCUGUUAUGGAGUUCAGCAAUCAGGAAGAAUUCCAGGUCUUCGCCUCUCAGAUGCUCCCAGCACAGAGAAGAAAGAGAUGGGACUUCUGUCAACAUUGUUAAAAUGGAAUGAGGUUGAUCCGCCUUCGAGAGAGGAGAGAAUAAGAAAUGAAAGAGUAUGCAAGUUUUAUCAGCAUAAUCGGAAUCCUUUUGUUGAUCAUCCGGAGUACGCCAACCUCAUUUGGAGCCAGCCUGUUUCAAGACGUCCUCCUAAUAGUAGUAGUAAUCAAAUCACCGCCUCAACCACCAAAUGAAAGUCUCUGAAGAUGCCAAUCAUGACAAUGUGUGUGUGUAUUCUUUUAUAUCAUAUGUUUAUUCGGGAGGAAAUAGAAAAGAAAAAUUAUUUAAAUUAAAAUUUAAACUCAAACACUUUGUUAUUUAUUUUUCAAUUUAAUUUAUAUGAAAUUAACACGUGAUAACAAA